GUCGUCCGGCACGGAGUGUGCACACACACACACACACACACACACACACGCAGCAUGUUUGUGGCUGUAGACAACAGACAAGUUCCUGACAGAGCCCGCGGCUCCUUGGCCAUGCAGACCCUCUGCAGGACCCCCGCCCGCCCGCUAGCCUCCUUCCUGCCGGUGGCCGUCGGCCCCGCCCCUCCUGCGGUCGCGCCGGGCCCCGCCGGGCCCAGCCGCAACGCCUCCGCCCGCUGGACGGCCAAGCCGCGCUCCGGCCCUCAGAUCCAGAACGUCACGUCGUCCGUUAAGCUGGGCUGCGACCUGGACCUGGAGUUCAUCGCACGCAACUCCUGGAACGUGCAGCACCUGUCCACGGUCUUCAAGUCCCUGGUCAUGAAGAUCAGGAAGCCCCAGACCACGGCCAGGAUCUUCCAGUCGGGCAUCUUGUUCUGCACAGGGGCCAAGAGCGAGGAAGAGUCCAGGGUGGCCGCCAGGAAGUUUGCCUUCAAGGUUCUCAAGCUGGGCUACUCAGUCCGCUUUCUGGACUUCAAGGUCCUCAACAUCGGGGGAACCUGCAAGACCUUCCCCAUCAACCUGGAGGAUCUCUUCCUGGCCCACCAAGACCACUGCAGCUAUGAACCAGAGCUGUUUCCUGCACUCCAGUACAACUUUCGACCCGGCAUGACAGCCUCCAUCUUUUCUUCAGGGUCCAUCUCGCUGGUUGGGGCCAAAACGGAAGCAGAAUUUUACAGCGCCUUCAAAAGCCUGGACUGCAUCCUGGUCAGCUUCAGAAGGAUGUGAGACCACCAAGUUCCUAGUGUUAGCAUGUAGCAUUAGCAACGUGACAGGCAAACAUAGAGUGGUGGUCACGUGUACGUACACUUUUGACCACCACUCUAUGUCUGAUAUACAUUUGAAGACACCUGCAAAGGCACUCCAAACUGGAGCAUGAUCAAUAUUAUUAUUAUGAUUAGUCAGUUGUUACUUAUAAUAGUUAUAAUAAGUUAUUAGUUAUAACAAGUUAUUAAUUUGAGGCUCAUAAUCAAGUACAAGUUGCAUUGUAGUUGGAUCAAUGUAAGAGGGAAUAAAGACAAAUAAAAACA